CGCAGGGCUCCCCAGCUGCCAGUCCCCCUCCCCCUUCGUCCGCCAGCCAGCCAGCCCGCCGUCGAGGGAGCGCCACCGCUGCAGCCAUGCUGACCGCCGAGGACCGCCGCAUUCUCAAGCAGAGCUGGGAAAAGGUAGCCAACAUCCAGGAGGAGAUCGGCUGCGAGGCUCUCACCAGGCUCUUCGCCGUGUACCCCACCUCCAAGACCUACUUCCCGCACUUCGACUUGAGCCCCGGCUCGGCGCACAUCCGCAGCCACGGCAAGAAGGUGAUCAAGGCGCUGGAGGACGCGCUCAACAACGCCGACCACCUCCACGAGAGCAUGGCCGAGCUCAGCAACCUGCACGCCUACAACCUCCGCGUGGACCCCGUCAACUUCCAGUUCCUGGCCCGCUGCAUCCAGGUCGUCCUGGCCACCCACCUGCGCGGCGACUUCAACGCCCAGGUGUACGUCGCCUGGGACAAGUUCCUCUGCUGCGUCAUCGAAGUGCUGGCCGAGAAGUACAGAUGAGACCCCAGGCCGCCGCCGCCGCCGCCGCCCGUCGGGGCGCCCCGCCCGGCCCCGCUCCUGCGACCCCCUCCCCUUUUGCCUUCACUGAGCUAAAUAAAAGCGCCUGGAACGAC